CCAGACGCUGGUUAGUCGAAGGGAGGAUCGUCGGCGCGAUCCGUUCCCUCGGGGAAAUUUAUCCGGUGUCUCUCCUUAUCGUUUAAUAAUCCUACCUCUUAGCCGAGUCUCCAGCGGGUUCCACGAUAAUGAACGACGCCGACGCGAUGUCGAUAAACCCUAUCCACUGCCAAGUGAAUCAUCGAAUCGUUCGAACUUCGUGGAUGCUCGUGGCGAACAUGGACGGACGCGACAGAUAAGAAGCGCAGGAACGAGAGCAGAAGACUUGGAAGGAGCGUCGAGUGGCCGCUUUGAAGCCGCCCCGUACCACGGGGCCAUCCAGAGGCAGCGUCGCCGAGGGAAGAGACUUUAGCCCCUCCUCGAGGCCGAGUUCUUCCACUCAUGGUGUUUUACGGCGAGCUCGUUUGAAAUUCUUCGCGUGGAGUCGCGGCCGUAUUUAUAGAGCCGCGCGGGACUCGCGAGUUCACGCACGUAGAAUCACCACGCGCGCGCGCGCGCCUCCUCUCCAGCGGGAGGAGAAAGGGGAGGCGGUGGUGGAGGCCAGAAGGGAAAAGCAGACGGACAGAGAGAAAGGUAGACAGUGCGAACGGAGAGGAAACGAGAGAACGAGAGCCGGGUCGCGUCGACGGAUGGACGAGCACGCGGCGCGUCGCGAUCAUGAAGCGAUGCAUCCGCGACAGGAGCACCGGCCCGCUUCGUCGUCGAGCACGUCCUCGACGUCGUCCAACUGUCUGCGCUCGCUGCCCCCACUGGGACGCCUCGAUUCAGCGGGCAUGAUCGCCCGGCUGCUGGGGGCGAACGCGGCCCUCCUGUUCCUCCUGCUAUUUCUCGCCACGAUACGCACCGCUGUCUGCCUCGACCACGUCUCGAGCGGAAACGGGACGUUCGUGACCAACGGGAACAAUGGCACCGAUUGGCAGCGCAUGGCCGGUCAGAGUUCUGCUGUGGAGCAGUUACCAAAGAACCGAUCCAUGAAACUGUCCUACUUCACGAACUGGAGCGAGUGGAGCGUAUGCGAUCGCCAUUGCACGAAGAAUCGCGUCAGGAGGUGUCGCGUGAAGAAGAAAUGCGGCACCACGGUACUUAAGGAGGAGCGAACCUGUCAGCAUAAUAGGAAAGGCAGGUGGUGGAGGUGCAAGCAACAUCAGCGACGGGGCCAUCGACUGAACGACAAGUUCCAUGUCAUACAGGUCGCACAGAUGCCCAGGAAGGAAGCGGAACCAAGAGAAGGGAGACAGAGGGGAAAUGACCAAUCUGUAGGUUAUUACGGUAAAUGGAGCAAAUGGUCACCCUGUACGACACUGUGUACCACUCAACGUCACAAGUGGUGUAAGAAGCCAGGGAUCUGUGGGCACAACAUGAUCAGGGAAAGUGCCUACUGCUACGUCGAGGGAAGCUUCUGCCAAAGAUGGAUUCAUCGAAAAAUCCGUGGAAGCCGGGAAGAAGACAACGACGAUAUAGCACUGAACGAGGAAAACUUGAACAGGGUGGACAGCUUCAUUCCCGACAAGAAUACUCAUACUUGGAAGUGUGGAGUACGCAGUACUCAAAAGCCUUCUCUGCCUUCUCGGUUCAAGAGGAUCAUUGGCGGACGUCCAUCGAUCCCCGGAAGUUGGCCCUGGCAGGUGGCAGUGCUGAACAGAUUUCACGAAGCUUUCUGCGGUGGUACUUUGGUCUCUCCGAGAUGGGUACUGACUGCGGCGCACUGUAUCCGGAAGCGACUUUACGUUCGCAUCGGAGAGCACGAUUUGACGGUGAAGGAAGGCACCGAAUUGGAUUUAAGGGUGGAUUCGGUCACGAUACAUCCGGAGUACGACGCUGAAACGAUGGACAAUGACAUCGCGAUGCUACGACUUCCGGUCGCCAUAACAGCAUUACCAUCCAGAGGAAUCGCCUGUCUUCCAGCGCCUAACCAGUCUCUACCCGCCAACCAGCUGUGCACUAUCAUUGGCUGGGGAAAGCUGCGAGUCACGGAUGACUUUGGAACGGAUGUUCUUUACGAAGCUCGGAUACCCAUAAUAUCCCCAAGAACAUGUCGAGACGUCUACGUGGACUACGGGAUCACCGAUAACAUGUUCUGCGCUGGAUACGAGAAGAGAGAUACCUGCGCUGGGGACAGCGGGGGCCCGCUUCUCUGUCGGGACCCCAGGCGACCCGAUCAUCCCUGGACCAUCUUCGGCAUCACCAGUUUCGGCGAGGGAUGUGGGAAACUUGGAAAGUUCGGGAUAUACACGAGACUGUCGAACUAUGUUCGUUGGAUCAGCAGAGUGAUGAAACAAACCGAUAACAUUAAUUGAAACCUUCGCGCAUUGACAC